AUGAUUCCUAUAAAGUCGACAUCACUUGACUUCAGCCAGAGCCCGGACCUUUCGACCCUCAACAAUCGAUCCGUGCUGAUCACCGGUGCUGCGAGGGGCAUUGGCCUGGCAUGUGCCACCCAACUAGCCGAGGCGGGAGCGAUUGUUACGAUAUCUGACAUUCGUUCUGAGACUGGAGAGGCUGCGGCGCGCAAGCUGACAUCGAAGGGUCUUCAGGUCCAAUUCGUGCAUGGCGAUGUGACUUCCUACACGUCGCAAGCGGAGAUAUUCAGAAAGGCUAUAGCCUUUGGUGGGGGCAAGAUUGACGUCGUAGUCCCAAACGCAGGCAUUUGCGCCGAACAAAACCUCUUCGACAUGAUACCCAUAGACGCACCAGAUCUCAACAGCGAGCCACCCGAGCCCGGCUACAGCACUGUGGAUGUAAAUCUUCGAGGCGUGUACUACUCUUGUUACCUCGCCCUUCACUAUUUCCGGCUACCUCGAGACGCCUCCUUCGCGCCGUCAAUCGUUCUCAUUGCCUCGCUUGCAGGCUAUGUCGGCUUCCCGUCUAGUGCAACGUACAGCAUGUCAAAGUUUGGCAUUCGCGGACUGUUCUAUGGCAUACGAGACCGCGCUGCUGCGGCGAACCCUCCUGUGCGUGUCAACCUUGCAGCGCCGUGGUUUAUUCCUACGGCAAUGACAGCGCAAGAAGACUUUCUGGCUAGCGAGGCCGGCGCUAUGAUGAAGACGAUGGGUCAUGCGCAACUCGCCGGUGUUGUGCAGGCAGUCAUGUACUUCAGCGCUGAUGAGAAUGCUCAUGGACGCGCGGCUGGCAUCUUCCCGCAAGGCGUCCACGACCUGGGCGAUGACCUUGAGGGUGGCUUUGCGGGACAAAGAAUGCAACAAUACAUGCUUGAUAUUGUAGCCGCAGUGUCGCCUGCGACAGAAAAGCAGAGCGACGAAUUGAUGAGGCAGGAUAGCGUGACUGGGAUGGAGGUUGGUGGGUUCAAGGGCGUCACUAAGUGA